AUGGGAGAAGAAUACAUCGGAAACCUCAACGGGCGUGCGUUUUCCACCGCGGGCCCUGCUCCAGCCACCUUUGUAAGCUGCGGUGCCCGCGUCCUGCUGCCCCGAACGGCGAGGGAGGUCCCCCGCGUCCCCGCAGCGGGCACAGCGCUCGUCCCUGGCGCUGGCGGCGCCCUCCUAGGCCCGCCCACCGGAUCCUCGGGGACCUCCCUCCGCAGGAGGCGUUGUCAGGGUGAGGACACAGCAGGGCCCAGCCAGUUCCCCAAGGUGACCUUAUAUCCAGCUCAGCCACCAGCUACCACUCCAGAUUCAGAGUUACGACUACGAACUUCCCCCCAUGAAGCUAUGUGGGGGAAAGCCCUAGUAACAUAUGACCUUGAGACAACAAUCUCCUCAUCAAUUCGACAAGCAGGAAUAAUUCAGGCUUUGCAGAAUUUGGGACUCUGCCAUAUUCUUUCUGUCUAUUUAAAAGGAUUAGAUCAUGAAAAUAAAGAGUGCUGUGCUGAACUACAGGAACUUUAUUACCAAGCAGCAUGGAGGAAUAUGCAGUGGGAUCACUGCAGUUCUGUCAACAAAGAUAUAGAAGGAACCAGUUACCACGAAUCAUUGUUUAACGCUCUGCAGUCUCUAAGAGACAAAGAAUUCUCCACAUUUUAUGAAAGUCUCAAAUAUGCCAGAGUAAAAGAAGUGGAAGAGUUGUGUAAGGGUAGCCUCGAGUCUGUGUAUUCACUCUACCCCACACUUAGCAGAUUGCAGGCCAUCGGAGAGCUGGAGAACAUUGGGGAGCUUUUCUCAAGAUCAGUCACAGAUGGACAACUCUCUGAAGUAUAUAUGAAGUGGCGGAAACACUCCCAGCUUCUCAAGGAUAGUGAUUUUAAUUUUCAGGAGCCUAUCAUGGCUCUACGCACAGUCAUUUUGGAGAUUCUGAUGGAAAAGGAAAUGGAGAAUCCCCAAAGAGAAUGUUUUAAGGACAUUCUCACCAAGCACCUUGUAGAACUCUCUAUACUUGCUCGAACUUUCAAGAAUACCCAGCUCCAUGAAAGGGCAAUAUUUCAAAUUAAACAGUAUAAUUCACCUAGUUGUGGAGUCUCUGAGUGGCAACUGGAGGAAGCACAAGUGUUCUGGGCAAAAAAGGAGCAGAGUCUUGCCCUGAAUAUUCUCAAGCAAAUGAUCAAGAAGUUGGACGCCAGUUGUACAGAGAAUGAUCCCAGCCUAAAACUUAUAUACACAGAAUGUCUGAGGGUUUGUGGCAACUGGUUAGCAGAAACUUGCUUAGAAAAUCCAGCAGUCAUCAUGCAGACCUAUCUAGAAAAGGCAGUGGAAGUUGCUGGACAUUAUGAUGGAGAAAGCAAUGAUGAGCUCAGAAAUGGAAAAAUGAAGGCAUUUUUGUCAUUAGCACGGUUCUCAGAUACUCAAUACCAGAGAAUUGAAAACUACAUGAAAUCAUCUGAAUUCGAAAACAAGCAAGCUCUCCUUAGAAGGGCCAAAGAGGAAGUGGGCCUCCUUAGGGAACAUAAAAUUCAGACCAACAGAUACACCGUAAAGGUUCAGCGAGAGCUGGAGCUAGAUGAAUGUGCACUCCAUGCACUGAAAGAGGAUCGUAAACGCUUCUUAUGUAAAGCAGUUGAAAAUUAUAUCAACUGCUUAUUAAGUGGAGAAGAACAUGAUAUGUGGGUAUUCCGACUUUGUUCUCUCUGGCUUGAAAAUUCUGGAGUUUCUGAAGUUAAUGGCAUGAUGAAGAGAGAUGGAGUGAAGAUCCCAUCGUAUAAAUAUUUGCCUCUUAUGUACCAACUGGCGGCUAGAAUGGGAACCAAGAUGAUGGGAGGCCUAGGGUUUCAUGAAGUCCUCAAUAAUCUCAUCUCUAGAAUUUCAGUGGAUCACCCCCAUCAUACUUUGUUUAUUAUACUGGCCUUAGCAAAUGCAAACAAAGAUGAAUUUUUGACCAAACCAGAGGCAGUAAGAAGGAGUAAAAUAACUAAAAAUGCACCUAAACAAAGCUCUCAGCUUGAUGAGGAUCGAAUGGAGGCUGCAAACAAAAUCAUCUGUACAAUCAGAAGUAGGAGACCUCAGAUGGUCAAAAGUAUUGAGGCACUUUGUGAUGCUUAUAUUAUAUUAGCAAACUUAGAUGCCACUCAGUGGAAGACUCAGAGAAAAGGCAUAAAUAUUCCAGCAGACCAGCCAAUUACUAAACUCAAGAAUUUACAAGAUGUUGUUGUACCUACUAUGGAAAUUAAGGUGGACCCCACUGGAGAAUAUGGAAAUCCGGUUACUAUACAGUCAUUUAAAGCAGAAUUUCGCUUAGCAGGGGGUUUAAAUUUACCAAAAAUAAUAGAUUGUGUAGGUUCUGAUGGCAAAGAAAGGAGACAGCUUGUCAAGGGCCGUGAUGACCUGAGACAAGAUGCUGUCAUGCAGCAGGUUUUCCAGAUGUGUAAAACAUUACUACAGAGGAACACUGAAACUAGGAAGAGGAAAUUGACUAUUUGCACAUAUAAGGUGGUUCCCCUGUCUCAGCGAAGUGGUGUUCUUGAGUGGUGCACGGGAACUGUCCCUAUUGGUGAAUUUCUUGUUAACAAUGAAGAUGGUGCUCAUAAAAGAUACAGGCCAAAGGAUUUCAGUGCCCAUCAAUGCCAGAAGAAAAUGAUGGAUGUGCAAAAGAAGUCUUUUGAAGAAAAAUAUGAAACCUUCAUGGAUAUUUGCCAAAAUUUUCAACCAGUUUUCCGUUACUUCUGCAUGGAAAAAUUCUUGGACCCAGCUGUUUGGUUUGAGAAACGAUUGGCUUACACUCGCAGUGUGGCCACUUCUUCUAUUGUUGGUUACAUACUUGGACUUGGUGAUAGACAUGUACAAAAUAUCUUGAUAAAUGAGCAGUCAGCAGAGCUUGUACAUAUAGAUUUAGGGGUUGCUUUUGAACAGGGUAAAAUUCUUCCUACUCCUGAAAGAGUUCCUUUUAGACUCACCAGAGAUAUUGUGGAUGGCAUGGGUAUAACUGGUGUUGAAGGUGUCUUUAGACGAUGCUGUGAGAAAACUAUGGAAGUUAUGAGAAACUCUCAGGAAACUCUGUUAACCAUUGUAGAGGUCCUUCUGUAUGAUCCACUCUUUGACUGGACUAUGAAUCCUUUGAAAGCUUUGUAUUUACAGCAGAGGCCAGAAGAUGAAACUGAGCUCCACUCCACUCUAAAUGCAGAUGACCAAGAAUGCAAAUGAAAUCUCAGUGAUAUUGACCAGAGUUUCAACAAAGUAGCUGAACGUGUCUUGAUGAGACUGCAAGAGAAACUGAAAGGAGUGGAGGAAGGCACCGUGCUCAGUGUGGGUGGACAAGUGAAUUUACUCAUACAGCAGGCCAUGGAUCCCAAAAAUCUCAGCCGACUUUUCCCAGGAUGGAAAGCUUGGGUGGGAUCUUCAGCAUAUACCUUACCCUUGAAUUCAACCUUUAGAAAUUAUAUUUCAGUCUUCAAUUUUAACCCACCCAUGUACUUUGAAUAG